UUUCAGUUUAGAGAUAUACAAAAGAAUAAGAGCCAAAACUGAGAAGUAUCAGAUCCUAUGUAAAAACUUUUCCAGACUUUGAAGGCAUGUAUAAUGCAUACCAGAAAUUUAGUCAGUGGGAUCAUUAUUUCAUUUACUUUAGUUUCCAGAAGAAAAAAAUGAGUCCUUUAUAUUAGGCACAAGUAUUACAAAAAGUAUACAAAAUCCUCUAUAAGAAAGACAUGAACAUUCUUCUCUCUAGAUCCACAAAUAUUGUGGAGCAACUUCUAAUCAAUGCUAAAAACUAAUUCUGAGAGGCUUCAGUUCAGAAUCUCAAAUUCACUGCUUCCAAGUGAAUUUCCAGGGAUUACUUUACAAACAGAUGAGAAGUCUCUAUAAUAUUACAGAACAGCAAAGACCGAAUAGCACUGAAAGUAGUGAGCAGUAAUUCCAAUUUCAUUAUCAAUAAGAAUGUAUCUUGUGCUCAGUAUUGAGGUAUUUCUUAAUGCUUUGUACAAAAUACGUUAAACGAAAAACCUCAAAUCCUUGAAUAAAAUGACCGAACUGUACAAGCACCCUUAGAGAGAAAAACCUCAUAACCUAUUGCUCAGUAGCUUGCCUCUGCAGCCUGUCUGAAAUUAACUGCUAUCAGGAAUAAAUAGAUGAGACAAAAGAUACGGUGCCAGGAAAGGUUGCAAACUGCACCCCUACUAUGAACAGUAAGCUACAAUAGCUACUAAGACUUCCAUAUGACUGUACACAUUCAAUGUUUGUGCUUAUUUCAAAACUAGGAAAUGAAAACUCAUUUAUCCAGGUACUGAGAUCACACUGAUACAGGUACUGAGAUCACACUGAUGAUUAACACCAGUUUUAUGGUUUUCAGACAGUUACACAGACACUCAUAAAAAACAAUUAUAAUAAUGGACUAAUCCUAACCCAAGCAAAAGCAUAUUCUGAGGUUGAACAGAAUUGUUCUCCCCCGGCCCCAUACAUAUAUAUUAUAUGGUCAGAAUCUACAAAACAGAUUUCCACAUCUAGUUUCCACAUAUAGCAAUGGAUGAAGAAGCAGUCACCCGCCCAGACUUCCUCAUUCUGAAUGCUACAACAUGUAGACCCACAACAGUGUACAGAAACUGAAUUUCUUCCAUGUGGCUUCAGCAGAAAAAUGCAGUGAGCAGAAAAAACAUUUUUGACAGAGAUUUCUGGGCAGCAGGGGGAGUAUGUGGCUCAGAACUGUGCACAAAAUGAAGAAAACUGUGAUUUUUAAACACUGCUCACAGCAUUUCCAAGAUUAUCAGCAAACAGACCUUUGAACCAGGAAGAAAAACAAUACAGCAAUAUUAAACAAGAGUCCAAGGUGAAACGACUGCUGACUCUCAACUUCAGUACUGCAAUAUGCACCACAAAAUGCAGUGGUUUGGCUAUCAGUAUGAAAAUCUGUAAAUAUUUUUAAACUGGAGAGAAGAAAAAGGUAUGCACAAGGAAAAAUGAACAGCAUUAAGACAUGCCAGUAACAGAAAACUUGGUUAAACAUCCCAAAACAAAGCAUCCUCAUGGAUUUUUUUCCAUACACAUUUUAAAGUUGAUCAUAUAAAAGACUGACCUAUGCACCUAAGCUGCUUUUAACUGUCUUUGCAAACGAUGACAGGUAAAACCACCUUCAGACAGGAAGCCAGCUUUCUUCCUGUUGUUUAAACAACAAUUAGUAAAGUGAGAGUAUGUCUUUCUUCUGUGCUUAAAUGAUGCCACAGGAUUUGUAGAAGGACAAACAUAUACCAGUAGACACAGUGGUUAACUUACACAUCUUUAGAACAUUUGGUGUGUCACUAGUAUACUGUAUGGCAUAUUCUAUGAGGGAGUGGGACAGCCCAAGAGGGAAAAAGUGUUUCAUGCAAAAAGCACACUGAGAGAGUGAGUGCCAAAAGUGAGUGUGGGCUUCUCUUACACCAGUGAAUGUAGGUAAAAUCCCUCUCGCAGUAAAAAAAAUUCCAAAGUGUCAUCGGGGAGGAAAAACAAAAGUAAUGAUUCUUGCCAUACAGGUAAAGCAUAUGAAAAAAUGUGUAAUAAAAACCUUCUUUACAUGACGCCCCCAUCUUUUUCCCCCCAGAGAGAAGAGUAUAAAUACUAAACAGUUUAAUGACAACUUAUCACCUCGCAUUGUACAUCACAAUUUGAAUACUAGCAUACAGAUAAUCGGGACACUGACAUGAUGUGCAAAGUACUGAUCUUCAGCUGUAUUUCAGUAGCAAUGCUUGUGACUACAGCUUAUGGAGCAUCGCUAUCAUCAGAAAAAAUGGAAAUUCUUCCAACAUUAAUAAAAGAUUUAGGAAUACUGGAAAAAAGCAAGAACGAGAUUCAUCUCGAGCUCUACACACCAAAUGAGAUCCAGGAGUGCAGUCGGCAAACUCUGCAGUGUUACCUGGAAGAAAUGGUUACUCUGAAGAAAGAAAUUGAAGAUGAGCCUGAAAUUGAAAAUGAAGUUAAAAAUGCUCUUCAAAAUAUCAAAAAGAACCUCCAGAGACUUACGGAUCUAAAUCCCAUAGAAGGUGAAUGCAAGAUCUGUGAAGCUAACGACAAGAAAAAUUUUCCUGAUUUUCUCCAACAACUGACUGACUUUCUGAGAUCUAUGCAAAAAUAA